CAUCAAUAUCAAUCAAAAUAUUUAAUUGUUGGUAUUGAAUAAGACAGGUUCGAGGACUCUAUAGUGGAUGAAGACUUCGUCUUCACAAAACUUUAAUAAUUUGAAGGACAUCUACUAGUCAACGCCAAAACACAGGAAACUGCCAUGCCAUUGCCAACACACUAGACCUUUUAAAUACUUCUUCUGCAAUCUUCAAUUCAACAUCGAGAAAAACAUCCAAAAGUAGACAGAUUGAGAAAGACUAUGAGCGAAAACAUGUUUGGCUGUGAAGUAGAGCUCGGCAAGUUCCUGGGCAGCAUAGAUAUCAUUCCAUACGCAUUUUGCGCGAUUUUAGAAACUUGUUCUACUUAUGAACUUCGCAAGAGUCCUUCUGGGAUCCAAGUUUUGGCCUUCAAUUGUUCGUCUGAUUAUACAACUCGAUUUCUCGAUAAUGAAUUUGGUUUGGUUUCAUCAGAAGAACACAAAGCCCUUGACUUUAUUUCCGCGGGUGAAGUCAAUCCUUCAUUCUCCAUUAACAAAGCUGCUGUAGAGUUGUUCGAAAAUCUCACUAAUGACCUCGGACAUCUUAAAUAUAAGCUUGAAGCAGAACGCCCAUUAGUUGUCACAGGGCGGGGCUUGGGGGGAUACGUUGCCAUUCUUUUCGCACUAUGGUUGCAUCAGGCCGUAGAUGUGAAAGAGUCGGAUGAUGAUUGGAGUUCCAAAAGGCCGGUUUGCAUAACUUUUGGUUGCCCCCUUGUGGGUGAUGAGAAUCUUGGACGCAUCAUCUCCAAGUACCCGCAAUGGGAAUCCAGGUUCCUGAAUGUGGUCGCGAAAGAUGAUCGUGUCGCUAGUGUUUUCUCAUCAAAUAGUAGGUACAGGCCUUUUGGUACCUUCUUGUUUUGCACAGAAUCAGGGGCGCGCACCGCGUUCCAAGAUCAAGACUUAAUCCUAGCUGUUCUAGACAAGAUGGGGUUACCUAGAACAGAAAACACGGAAACACCUGAUUAUGUGAAACUAUUUGGUGCAAUCAGAAGGAAGACACUGCAUCGUGGGGUUUCUGAAUCAGGCGAAUUCAACAAACCAGAAUAUUUUAGAGAUCUGAUUGAUAUUGGGGGAGUGGAGGAGAAACGAAAAAUGAUGAGAAAGGGAAACAGGAAAAUAUACGAUCAAACAAAAAAGGUAAAUGACAUGAAGAUAAAAAUGGUGAACAUUGAAAUGUACAUGAAUAUGACAAGAUCCAAUGGGGGCAUCUAUGAUUUCUACAAGAAGCCAAACAAAAGUAAAGAAGAAAUCCAUAUCGAAAACAAAAUAACUAGCCACCAACGUGCGCUCACCAAGCAUUGGCAAGAUUUUGUUGAAGAAACCAAGCAAAGGCCACAAAGGGAAGAUGCUAAGAUGCGCAAGCGUUGGCUGUAUAAUGGUCACAACUAUAGAAGGAUGAUUGAGCCGCUAAGCAUAGCCGAAUACUACAAGACAGUGGGCAACCGAGAUUACAUAGGACAAAGACCCCCCCAUUAUUUGGAGUUAGAAAAGUUACUAAAACCGUAUAUCGAUCCAAGUAAUGGCAACAAGAAGGCUGCUAGUCUUACCCAGGAUUCUUGCUUCUGGGCAUAUGUGGAGGAGUCAAUUAUUUUAUUAACAUACUUGAAGAAAGAAGACUUGAGCCACAAUCUAAUGAACAACAUCAAGGGUAAACUGGACUUGUUUGAGGAGUAUGUGAUGCGUUCAAUCAACGAUUACUCAGUGUCACCAGAUAUUUUCUUAACAGGCAGCAGUUUUAUGAAGUGGUGGCAUGAGUAUAAGGCAUGUAAAGGAAGUUCAUAUGUGUCGGAGUUGGCACGAUACAUGAACAACGGGAGCUACAGUUUGUAUAAGUGAGCAUGGUUGAGCUAUGUCACCAUGAUCUUCAUUUUAAAUAAGGCAUGGGUGUAUUGAUGGUUGAGUUAUCGGAAUAAAGUGAAGAAAGUAUGUUUUGCAUGAAUUAUAAUUUAUACAUUUUUUUGCUGUAAGUUAGAGUGAAAUACAAAGUUCUUGAUGUCGA